AUGAGAGAAGUUAUUAGUAUCAACGUCGGUCAAGCUGGUUGUCAAAUCGGUAACCUGUGCUGGGAGUUGUACUCGCAAGAACACGGUAUCGGGGCCGAUGGUUACCUCAAGGAAGGUCUUGAGCGCCCCAAGGGUGGCGAAGAAGGUUUCUCAACCUUCUUCUCGGAAACCUCCAACCGUAAAUACGUUCCCCGUGCUCUUUACGUCGAUCUUGAACCUAAUGUGAUUGAUGAAGUCAGAAACGGUCCCUACCGGGACAUGUUCCACCCCGAACAGUUGAUUGCCGGCAAGGAAGACGCGGCUAACAACUAUGCUCGUGGUCACUACACGGUGGGCCGGGAAAUCCUUGACGAUGUGAUGGACCGGGUCCGUCGCAUGGCUGACCAAUGUGAUGGUUUGCAAGGGUUUUUGUUCACCCAUUCUCUUGGUGGUGGUACCGGUUCCGGUCUCGGGUCGUUGUUGCUUGAGCAAUUGUCUAUUGACUACGGUAAGAAGUCGAAGCUUGAGUUCGCUGUUUACCCGGCGCCGCAAGUCUCCACUUCCGUUGUCGAGCCCUACAACACUGUGUUGACCACCCACACUACUUUGGAACAUGCCGACUGUACCUUUAUGGUUGACAACGAAGCCAUUUACGACAUGUGCCGCCGUAAUUUGGACAUCGCUCGUCCUAACUUUAACUCGUUGAACUCGUUGAUCGCCCAGGUGGUGUCCUCGGUUACUGCUUCGCUUCGUUUCGAUGGGUCGCUUAACGUUGACUUGAACGAAUUCCAAACUAACUUGGUCCCUUACCCUCGAAUCCACUUCCCCUUGGUAUCGUAUGCUCCUGUGUUUUCGAAGAGCCGUGCUAACCACGAAUCCAACUCGGUGGCUGAAAUCACUGCCUCGUGUUUCGAACCUGGUAACCAAAUGGUGAAGUGUGACCCUCGUUCUGGUAAGUACAUGGCCACUUGUUUGCUCUAUAGAGGUGAUGUCGUCACUCGCGAUGUUCAAAACGCAGUGGCCUCGGUGAAGACUAAGAAGACUGUGCAAAUGGUUGACUGGUGCCCCACUGGGUUCAAGAUUGGUAUCUGUUACCAGAAACCCACUGCCAUUGAAGGCUCGGAAUUAGCUGCGGCAUCGAGAGCCGUGUGCAUGUUGCUGAACACUACGGCUAUCUCCGAAGCUUGGAGACGCAUUGACAAGAAAUUCGACUUGAUGUACUCGAAGCGGGCGUUCGUUCACCACUACGUCGGUGAAGGUAUGGAAGAAGGUGAAUUUACUGAGGCCAGAGAAGACUUGGCUGCGCUUGAGCGCGAUUACGUCGAAGUAGGCACUGACUCGUACCCCGAAGGCGAAGAAGAAUACUAG